GGGGGGAGGUUGGUCCUGGGUUGUAGACGGAGGCACAGGCCGUAGGGGUGUCUUGGGGAUCUGGGACAGAUGCUUUGUGGAGGCUUCCUGGGUCUAUCGGGUGACAAGUUAGGAGGUGUCCUGGAGCAGUGGGGAAGGGACAGGUUGCAGAGAGAGGGGCGUCCCAGGAAUGUGUAUAGGGGAACAGUGGGGUGGGUGUCACUGGACUCUGUGUACGUGUGUGUGUGUGUGUGUCAGUCACUCGAGGUAUCCUGCAACGGGGGGCCGGGGUGGGGGGGGGGGCGGUCACCUAGUGUUUCCCUAGUGCAGCCCUGAGUCCUAGGCCUUUGGCUUCCGGGGAAAGUGUCGCCACAUAGAACUCGCAGGGGCCCCGGCCCCGGCUCUGCGGGCUCCUCUGUUCUGCGGCGGCUGCCCUGGACUGUGGUGACCGUGGUGACAAAAGCCAGCGGGACUGCCUCGCCCCUGUGCCCUCCCGUCUUCGUUGUCGCUCUCGUCUCUGCAGCUGUGGGAACAGGGAAUCUUGAACAGCUGCCCUUCUGUUCCUACACGUGUAUCUGUCUUGAAGCAAAUCCAGUCUACAGACCUUGGGUUUACUCAAAAGCUUAAAUUAGGGAUUUUUUUUUUUUAAACCUGGAUUUCCCAAUUGAUUUGCUGUAGGAUUCUUUGAGAGCGCAAACACACCAGUACGUCUAAAAUGAAUCGGUUUGUGGAAAAUCAGCCUAAUUCAACAGACGUUGAGUUCAAUUAUCUGCUCUGCUCAAAACCCUGUAUUGUGGGGAAUCUCAGAGCAGCAGGACCGGGCCCGGCCCCCCGGGAAGCUGGCACAGCUGGAAGGCUGGGGCCUGGCCGUGAAGUAGGUCAAUAACAGAGACCGGUGUGUGGUCGGCACGCCACGAGGCAGGCGUGAUCGGCGUCUGAGGAGGCGGUCCGAGACAGCGGGGCGAUGACCGGUGACCGAUGACCGUAGGUGGGCUCUCGCCAGCGCUCCGCCCUCUGACGGAACGGGCCGGGGCAGGCCGGCUCCCCGCCGUGCUCAUCUAGCCUGGCGUCCCCCUGGACGGGAGGAGUGACCAGCCAGCGCCAGACCCAGGUUUCUUGGCACAAGUGAUCAGACGCAUGUGUAUCUUGUCAUGACAGAUCCAUUCCCCGCUCGGAGGGUAGCAGUCACGGACCGUCUUUGUGCACCGGCCCUUUGCACGGAGCAGGGUGUCUCAGCACCGCCUGCUGGGGUUUAGAGGGGGGUCGCACGUGGAGGCUCCCUCUUUCUUCCUUCUUCCAAGUGCUCCCAGCUGACUCGGCCGCUCUCCUACAUGGACCUUCAGAACCAGCUGCAGUUUAACAGGAGUGUUCCUGCACAUUCCAGCAACCUGGCCGCGCGCUAUUCCUGCCCCGACGCGAUCAGAAUCGAGAAACUGACGCACUCGUCCGGCGAGUCCUACCGUGGCGGGGAUCCGGGCUUCAGAGCCGGGCCCGACGUGAGCGGCUCGGCCUCCUUCUCCGUCAUCUCUGAGGAGAGGCUCAGCUAUGCCGUCCACCUGGCCAAGAGGGACGUGAGGCGCAGGCAGUUCGAACAGCACGUGGGACAGCAGCGUCUCAGAAGCGAGCCCCAAACCUCUCAGAGGUGGGGACACCCCGAGCCCAAGGUGCCUGAGCACAGGGAGCAGAGGAAGGAGGCAAGGAGCCGGGAAAUGUGUCACUGCAGCCACGAGACGUGCGGGCGGGGAGCUUCCUGCUCGGGUGCGAAGGUUCACCUGUGCACCCCGCGGCCGGGGCAGCCCCCCGCCCUGGAGCCGGGGCCCCAGCCGCACGCCAGGACAGGUGGCCCGUGGGGCCUGCUGGGGGUGCAGAGACUCCAGGAGGAGCUGACCACUUGCGUCCGUAGGAUGGAAGAAGUAAUUAAAAGAGAUAGAACGGAAGAAGCUUUGGAACCGGAUGAGGAGCAGCGAGCCCGCGUCAGGAGGCAGGAACAGGCCGUGCGCUGUGCCCGGAUGCUGUACUCCCUGCAGCAGCAGGUGAAAGAAAUCCAGGAAGAAUUGGAUAAAUUGAGCCCACGUAAGAUUAAACAUACCGAGAAGUCGUGGGCGAUGUCCCGGCUGGCGGCUGCCCACCGAAGCGCCAUCCGGGCCCUGCAGGUGUUUGUGACCCAGUUCGCCGACCGCGGGGAGCGGCCCCUCCCUGCCCGGUGCAGGGAGCUGGGCGGCCUCAUUCGCCAGCUGUCCCUCUGCUCCGCCAAGCUGGACGCCGACUCCGCUGUGUCCGAGGUGGUCGGAGACAUCCUGCGGCAAAUCGAGGCUUUGGAGUCCCUCCUGGAAAAGAAACUGUCACCGAAAAAGGUGAAGAAAUGUUUCCCGGAAGUUCAGACCAGGUUUCCCGUUGGUGGCCACAGGGCCUUGGAGAGAUGGCGGAGUUCUUCGCCAAAAGGCGAGAGGACACCUCUCCUAGCAAAGGAGAUACUUCGGCAGGAAGCGCGACAACCUUCCAGGGCAAACAGGCUUCUUGCUGAUAAGUGUCAGCCUGGGGCAGCACCUGCAGCGACCCAGCGGUCCGCGAACGGGAACGGGCUUGGUGUGAGGGGCGCGGACAUCCGUCCGGAAGGAGCCCCUCCUGCUCCGGACCACAGCGCGCGCCUCACGGCAGAGCCCGUGGCCGUGGCGAGAGCGGGAGCAGCGGCCUGGAGGCCCGGGGCGGGGAGCAUACCGCCCAGGAAGAAGGAGGCACCGGUGGGGCCGCCGCAGGGACCCCUCAGAGCUGAGGACCAUCAGCCGCCCCAAGGCCGCGGCAAAAGCAGACUGCAGCGCACGACCGUGUCAUCCAGGCUGAAAAGGAGCCAGCAGCCAGUGAGGGACCUCAGGGCCCCCUGGGUGCCUCCAAACCCCACGUCCCCGCCAGCGUCCCCCAAAUGUGCCGCCUGGCUGAAGGUGAGGCCCGGCCCCACAGAUGCCACCAGAGAGCGGUCUGUCCAGCAGGAAGAGGCUCAGGAGGCCAGUGCGUUGACAGGUGCUGUUGCGCACGAAGCCAUGAGACUCGCCUGGCUCGACGCUGAAGCUCACAAAACACUGAAGGAGCUGGAGGAGGUGAAAGCCGCGGGCGCAGACGGCGUGCACAGGCAGAGUGACUCUGCUGCCCAGUUAGCAGACAAGGUAGAGAAGGCGGUUCUGGAGCGUCUGAAGCCUCUCCUGGUCAAGGCCCAGAGAGUCAACUCUUCUCUGGAAGCGGAGGUGCCGAAGGACCGGCCACCGGCAGACACGGCGACAGCCCGGCCUACGGACGAGGCUGUGGCCGCGGACGGGGGGCCCGGCAGCCUCCGCCAGCAGGGCGACCGUCUGGAAGGCACUGCGCUCCGCUGUGACGUCUUGGCGUCGCAAGCCCGGGCCCCCGGGGCAGGCGGCAGGGACAGCCCGUUUCUGGACACCAUGAUGCUGCGCAUGGAGGAGAUGGAGAAAUACCAGGAGACGGUUCGCCGAAGAUACAAUGAAAUUGUAUAUGCUGAUCCCCGUCUGUGGACGCAGGAAGGGAAGAGUGAGCAGACGCUCCCAGCAGUAGGUGAAAGGCCUCUCUCUCCUCAUCCAGUCGGGACCACAAAGAGCUCCGCGCGCAAAGACCCGGGCGCGAGCAUCGUGUUGGAAAGACCUCGCAAUGGCAACUCCCUGGAUGCAAGUGUGGACGCUGGCGAGGAGUCUGAGAAGAGGGAGGCUCCCCUUUCGCCCCUUCCGGAAGAGUCUCUGCGGCAGGAAGGCCGCACCGCCCUCCUGGUGCCCCCGGGCAUGCGACGCAGCAUCCGCGACUCCUGCAGCCGCUUCGAGCAGUAUCUCCGCAUGACCGCGCACGAGGCCGUGGGCGCCUUCAACCCCUGGCUGAUGGCCGAGAGCUUCUCGGACGAGCUGGUGGACGAGGCCCUGGGCGCCGUGGCCGCGGAGCUGGAGGACACGUGUGAGGACUACGCGGAAGCCGUGUUCACGUCGGAGUUCUUGGAGGCCGCCGCUUGAAGCCCGUCUCCGUGGCGGGCCUCCUCCCCGGGGCCCACGGGUGGCCUUGGCCUCGGCUGUCCCUCCGGGCGGGGCCGCUGCCCUUGGAGAGGAAGGACGUGCGUCUCCGUGUCGUCGUGGCGGUGGAGCCGGUGGUUGAUGGCGGUGGGUGUUCGUUGCCCAGGAACCGUGAAUCGCCUGACGAGACGGUGUUUUCCGAACUGUGGUUUUUCUGUCGAGAUAUCGGUGACGCGAGCGUCCUGGCAGGUGGUGGAAGACGUGUUUCACUCCCGGGGUCGAGAUGCUCCCGUCACCCCCCGUCAGCCCCCGUCACCCGGCCGUGAGCCUGCCAGUCCCCGUGUGCGGCACCGCCUCUGGCUCUCAGCCCCUCGUGGUCCCCGGCCUCGCCCUGGGGGGCGUAUGGACGCAGACCUUUGAAUUGAGGGGCCGGGAGGGCGCCCAGCUCACGUCCCUUCCGCGGGGUCGCACCUCCCCCGCCUCCAGACCCACCGAGCAGCCUGGGUGGGAGGACAGACAGGCCUGGAUGUGCUGCCCGCACCCCCCCCCCCCAAGAAAGGAAGACACCCGAGAGCGGGGGGCGCUCUGUGCCCUCGUCCCUCCUCUCCCCUCCCCUCCCCUCUCCGUCAGGAUUCACCAAGAGGAAAGCCUCUGAUGUUUCAGAAACGGAAAAGGCACGUGCGUGAGUUUUUCUCGACCGGAGCCCUGCCGAGGACCCACCCGAGGGAGGAUUCGCGCCCAGGAUAACGUGCGUCUUCAUGACACGCACGGCGUCACGUCUGGGACUUUUCUCCCAAGUACACGUGUUUCGGGGAGCGGUGCACCUGUCCCGUCACGCGACCUGUGCAAAAUUGGGCUUUGUUUCGUGUGCGCACGCUCCUAAACGUCACACAGCCUCCCAAGGGAAAACGCUCCCAGGUUACUGGAAGGUCUUCGAGGCGAGGGGCGCGUGUGCACUUGGCGGGGCGUCUGCCGUCUGUAGCUGGAGUCGUUUGUGUGCUAGCGUUUGCUGUGAUUUGUAAAAUAAACUCAGGAUCUUAAAGGA